UGUGGAGGAGGGACAGGAGCUGGAAUUUCAGCAAUCUCACUGACUCGGCAGUCCUUCUCUGGGAGAGGCACUUUGACGAGACCAUCGGAGCAUCUAUUGCAGGGAGCAAGGUUUCCAGCCUCCCAAGACACUGAUUCUUACCUCUAAAGCACCAGGGAGUAGGGAUGGUGCCCUGGGGCCUUGGAGCGAUGCUCAUCUGCCUUUUCUUGGGUCUGACAGAAGAAGAGAAUCUUCAACGAGCCGUCCUUGCGGAGCCAGAGAAUCUUGUCAUCUCCGAAGGAGAAACAGCUCUGCUGAAGUGUGAGGCGGAGAACACAUCUGGCAUCGUGCAGUGGGCAAAAGAUGGGCUUCUACUCGGCCCCGACCGCAACAUCCCCGGAUUCCCCCGCUACAGCCUGGUGGGAGACCCUAGCAGAGGGGAGUAUAAUCUUCAAAUAACAUGGAGCCGGCUGGAAGACGAUGCCUUAUAUGAGUGCCAGGUGGGGCCCUCUGAGAAAAGCAGUGCCGUCAUCUCUCACAGAGUGACACUCACCGUGCUCGUACCCCCUAAGAUGCCGCUCCUCACAGAGUAUUUGGCCAACAGCACCGUGACUUGGGUGGCUGGCACGGAGUACACCGUGAACUGCCAGGUGAAGGAUGCCCGGCCUGCUGCAGAGAUUGCCUUCAGCAAGGGUGACGACAAUGUGCUAGAUGCUGAAUCUAGCUCCCAGCCGGGAUCUCAAGACAAACUCUUCAGCACCGAGGCAGUGCUGAGGAUCACCCCCCAGAGCUCAGACAAUAGGAAAUGGCUGCUGUGCCGAGCCUCAAACUCAGCCUCUUUAAUCCCAGCGGUUACCGGCUUCACCAUGAAUAUCCUGUUUCCACCUGAUGCUCCCGUUAUCCUGGGCUAUGAGGGCUCCGUAGUCAAAGCCAAAGACAAGCUAAAGCUGACCUGCAUUUCUCUUGGUGGAAAUCCUCUAGCUACCCUGCAGUGGCUGAAGAACGGGGAAGUCAUUUCCACCAACUGGGAGACAGAUGAUACAAGCCAAUUGUCCCGGAGUUCCUUGCCUCUCAGCCUAACAGCAGAAGACAAUAACGCCACGGUGACCUGCCAGGCCUUGAACCAAGUAUUAUCCCUUCCCUUGCAGGCCAGCGUCACUCUGCAAGUGGUCUUUUUUCCUGAAGAGGUGAAAAUUAUUGGUUCAAGCAGCACCCCAGAAAAUAAGGAGGUCUCUGUGAGCUGCUCCACCUCCUCAAGCAACCCCCCUGUGCAGUUGCGCUGGUGGUUGGGCUGGAGGGAACUCAACGCCACUGAAGUCAGCAUCUCUGAGGGAACUCACGGUGGGAAGAUCUCUGUCUCUAACCUGACUUACAGAGCACUCCGAGAAGACAAUGACCUACAGUUGACCUGCGAGGCCUUCAAUGAAGCCGUCCUGUAUGCCAAGAAGGCUAGUGUCACCCUGAAAGUACUAUAUCCACCCCAGAAGAUCUGGAUCGACGUGCCUCCUCAAGAUGUGCAGUUCCGAGUCGGUGCCCAAGUCAAGCUAAUUUGUUUUGCCAGUGGUGGAAAUCCUUUGCCGCGCCUCGACUGGUUCAAGGAGACCAAGCUGGUGAGAGAUGGGAUAGUGGUGCCUGCAGGUCUGUCAGGAAAUAUUGUUUCCAAGGAGUUGCUCCUGACCACGACUCCCAGCGAUAACAAGGCCACCUACCGUUGCAACGCCUCCAGUCCCUCCAGGACCCAGCCUCCCCUCACUGCCCCUACUCGUCUGCACGUCCAAUUCCCACCGCUGCAGGUAACAAUCACUACGACAAGCAAAGAAGUCAGGUGUAACCAGACGGUGAAGCUUACCUGUCGGUCGGGCAGCAGCAACCCUCCUGCCAAACUCACGUGGCUCAAAGAUGGAAAGAAGUUGAAUGCAGUUGACCUUGGGCAGAAGAAGGCAGAGUAUGGAGGCUUCUCCACUUCAGGCCAAGUGACUCUGGUGGCUUUCGUUGCAGAGCAUGGGAAGAGGGUGGAAUGCCACGCCUACAGCUCAGUUCUCUCUGAAGGCGUAAAUGCCUUUUACCAGUUCAAUAUCCUAUUUCCUCCAGAAUUCUCUAUCAACCAGCCUCACAUAGUGCAAGCUGCAGAGUAUGAAGUUAUCCAGCUGCCUCUGAUGGUCUCUGCCAGCCCUCCUGAGAUCACCUACCGUUGGAGCUUCCUUGGAGAGGUACUUCUCACAGAGGGUUCCCCACGGUAUCACUUGCGGGACGGUGGAUCUCUGGAGAUCUCAAAAGUGAUACGAACCGACUCCGGCCUGUACUCUGUUUACUGUGAGAACUCCGAAGGCCACAGCGAGACAGCCAUCUUGCUGGACGUCCAGUAUGCACCAUCCAUCCGCAGCAUUGGAGACCCAACUACUGUGGAUCUGGGGGGCACAGCUGAGAUUGUGUGUCAAGCUGAUGCCAAUCCCACACCUGUGGGCAUGUUCAAAUGGAGAUGGCUGGGUGAGCUGGAGCGUAGCCUGGAAGAGAUGGGCAUCGAACUGCUGUCCGAAGGGCUGGUGGGGCGGCUGCAUAUCCAGGAGGCAAAGAGAGCUCACGCUGGACUCUAUGAGUGCCAAGUAGACAACGGCAUUUCCCCUGCAGCACGGAGCAGCGCCCGCUUGGUUGUACAAUUUCCGCCAGAGAUCAUGAAGAGCCCUGGACAGAGAAAAGUGGGGGCUUCAGGAGAUGGAAUAAGUGAUGCCUGUCUCCUGUGCCAUGCCCAAGGUGUUCCCCCAGUGGAAUUCAGUUGGGCAAAGAAAGGGGUUGCCCUUGAUCUUCAGAACUCCAGGUACACGGUUCUCACGGAACACAAAGCAUCUGUGCACACCAGCAUUUUAACCAUCAUCAAUGUGAGCUCUGUUCACGACUACGGCCUCUUCACCUGCACAGCCAGCAAUGUGAUGGGCACUGAUGCAUUUGACAUCCAGCUGCUUAGCAUCGGCCGCCCUGACCCCCCAACAGGGCUAAAGGUCGUUGCUGUGGCCCACAACUGGCUGGCUUUGGAAUGGACCCCUGGCUUUGAUGGAGGACUUAAGCAAAGCUUUCAUGUGAGGUAUCACCAGCCAGGUACUCCCAGCUUUCUGGAGGUAGACGUCUUCCCACCACAAUCACCCACGUUCACCUUGACGGGACUCCAUCCAAACACUCCCUACAACAUCUCCAUCCACGCACGCAAUGCUCUUGGCGAAAGUGACUUUACUGAUGGUAUGAGUCUCAUUGUUACCACCACAGAGUUCGAGAAGAAGCCGUUGGACAUAACGCCCCAAACUCCACCCAUUCAUGGACCAGGUAUCAUAGCUAAUAAACUGGCUUUGUUAUCUGUAGUGGGAGGUGUGGGGAGCUUGAACCUGAGUCUUCCUAGUCCUCUAGCCACUACACCACACUACCCUGAUAUUUUGUAUGCAGACAUUGCAGUUGUGUACUUAUUUCUGCAGGGCACCUCUGCUGAGUCAACAACGGGCUCUACGGCCACUGCACGGCCCUGGUCUCGGCUGGGCCGCCACACUGAGAGCGAGGCUGAUGCCAGCCUUAUAGAGCCUCCUAGAUUGGCCCCGUGGCUCAGUUCCCAAGAACCCCAUGAGUACGAAGAAGUGAUGGCACCCCCAGGACUUAAGGAAAAGGGACCUCUUUACCACACCUGGUACCCCGAAGAAGCACCAUGGAUCCCUGAGUAUCAGGGACCCUACCAGCAGAGGAGAAAAUCGCUGGCUGGCUAUGAGGAGAUAAUGCCAGUGUAUGACCCUGUGGCCGAUUCCCUACCAUUCAGCAGGGACAGAUCGUUGCCAUUGGAGCAUCUUGGGGAACUGGUCUGAAGGCCAAAAGACAAUCAAUGUUGGACCCAUGUCAGGACGUACUGCUCGACCCCUACUGGUAGUGAGAUGCUAUAGCAUGGUGCUUGAUCCCUAUUUGUGUGCGGAGUCAAGUCACUUCUAACCCCUGGCGACCCUAUGAAUCAACGUCCUUCAAAACGUCCUAUCGUUAACAGCCUCGUUCAGGUGUUCAGGUCCUUGCAAACCGAGGGCUGCAGCUUCCUUGACUGAGCCAAUCCAUUUCAAGUUGGGUCUUCCUGUUUCCCUGCUGUCUUAAGCUUUUCAUAAUAUUAUUGUCUUUUCCAGUGAAUCUCGUCUUCUUGUAAUAUGACCAAAGUAUGAUCGCCUCAGUUCAUUUUAGCUUCUAAGGAGAGUUCAGGCUUGAUUUGAUUUAGCACCCAUGGAUUUGGCAUGGAGUAACCUUUAAAAACACCCUUUUCACCCCAUGGUGCUCCAACUUCUGUGGAGGGGAAGGAAUGCUGUGUGUAUGUGUGUGUGUGUUGUCAUAUCAAAAAGCAACAGGACUGUUCAGCCUUGCUGGGGGAAGGGGGAUAGCUACAAUUUAG